ACCUCCAGACCCAGCAGGAAGUGAAGAUGAGGAUGACCGGGAUGGCGGCCCAUGUCGUUCGGCAUGAUGGGAUCCUGGCACUCUACAACGGCCUGAGUGCCUCCCUCUUCCGCCAGCUGACGUAUUCCCUGACUCGAUUCGCCAUUUAUGAGACGGUGAGGGACCGGCUGAGUGGAGGGAAGGCACAGCCUCUUCCAUUUUACCAGAAAGUUCUACUCGGAGCGUUUGGAGGUUUCACUGGGGGCUUUGUUGGCACACCAGCCGAUAUGGUCAACGUCAGGAUGCAGAAUGAUGUGAAACUCCCGGCAGCGCUCCGGAGAAACUACAAACAUGCAGUGGAUGGGCUUUACCGAGUCCUACAGGAAGAAGGCAUUCGGAAGCUGUUCUCUGGAGCAACCAUGGCAUCGUCUCGUGGAGCCUUGGUUACAAUCGGGCAGCUCGCCUGUUAUGAUCAAGCAAAACAACUGGUCCUCAACACUGGCUUCCUGUCAGACAACAUUGUCGCCCACUUCAUCUCCAGUUUUAUCGCUGGUGGCUGUGCCACAUUUCUAUGCCAACCACUGGACGUUCUAAAGACCAGACUAAUGAACUCGAAAGGGGAAUAUCGGGGUCUCUGGCACUGUAUCAUUGAGACAGCUCGAUUGGGCCCACUCGGCUUUUACAAGGGUUUAGUUCCAGCUGGAAUCCGGUUGGUCCCUCAUACAGUCCUGACUUUCGUCUUCCUGGAACAGUUGAGGAAUCGCUUUGGAUUUCUGGUACAGACGUGACCAACUGAUCACCAUACCAAUCCCUCAUCGACCAACUUGGCUCUUGACUGACCAACCUUUCACUGGAAUCUAUUAAAUCUCAUCAAUCUUCCCACUCCCCAGGUCCCACGCCCACUACCUGGAAACACGGGGCCUAGUGAGUGUAUUAUUGAACACGUUGUCGUUACUAACCAUCAUGUGUCAGGAUUCACUGUCCUGUCGAGGGUGGGCACAGACCCCCCUGAAAACUGGCAAGAAACCUUGAAUCGUUAAUCUCCCACUGUAGAAAGUCUGUGAGUGCCUUAAGUAUAAAGAGGUCCACUCUUCUGAGUGAACCCCUCCCAUUCCUUGUUAGAAAAUCUCACUUCUUGGUGAUUAUUAGUUUUUAUUGGCUGUGUUCACGUUGGUUAUCUGGGUGAUGCCACAGAGGGGUGUCAUUGAUGGAGGUUCUGGAAUGAUCUGCACCCAUUGCCACGCCAACCCCAUUGAGCUGGAUAGCAGUGGGCAUAUCAAUAGCCCUCCUGGCAGGGGGUGUGGUGGGGUGCUCACUCGCUCAUGCUGCCUCCCACAGUCAACCUACCAUGGCGUGUCAGAGGUUUGCUCUGCCUGUGUCAGAUCUGGGAGCUCCAGGACUGAAUCAGAGUUAACAUUUCAAGUACGGUUCUACACCGUGCCCGUUCUGACAAACUCUCCCAUGGGACCUGAAACGUUAGCUGUUUCUCUCUCCGUCAAUGCUGGCAGACCCGGCGAGUUUCUCCAGCAAUUUGUGGUUGACAUUUAAUUGCCCCAACCCUCCGCAAUAAACCGUUCAGCACGACACAGUGACCAAGGGCAAUUGGGGAUAGGUACAGCUGCUCAUGUUACCCACAUCCUGCGACAAAAUUAAAAAGCAACCCAUCAAAAGCCUUCCUCGUUUUGAACAUUCAAAUUAAAUCUCAUGACCCCCCCCCUCCCCAUUUUUUUUGUCCAAUCUCACUAUAGAACUGAAUGCUGCUCUUCCAGAUAACCUAAUAACGUGUUGAGUGAUUAGAAAUUGAAGAGUCAAACGAGGUUGUGUGUUCCAGUUGGGGGAGUGAGAUUUGAACCCAAAACCUUCAGACCCUGAGGCAAAGACAAGUGUUAAAAUACCGUAAGCUGCUGGACUAUUGCAGCAAUUUGAACAGAACUCGAGGGACUAGGAGGUCCCUCCAAUCAGGCUGCUUGUGAAGGAGAGUGAUUUUAAUCGUAGCUUUUUGGAAAUUAAUGUAAGGCCAUCGCCUUUUAUCGAUAUGUAUUAGCACAUAACCGAGUGGAUCAAAGUUGAAUCACAGAGUUGGAGAUGUUGCAUUCCUAAUUUAUAACUAGAUUGAAGGAAAGGCCGGGGCACAAUAUCAGUGUAAGUUACAAUGACAUUUAACUAUAAAAUCACAGCUCAAAUCGAAA